AUGCCAUGGGUGAGCAAGAAAGCGUCGAACCCGUACGGCUGGUUGCGCUGGAUCAUUACUAGCAACCUCCCCUUUUCGUUCUGCGAGUCGCAGGAGACUCGAUUUACAAAUCUCACCGAGAUUCCUGGCAAGUUCGGGCUGAUGCUGGAUGGCUGGGGCCAUGAAACGGAGCAUUUCCUGGCGUUGUUCGCCUGCUACGACAUUACUGGCGGCCCUCGGUACCCGCUGCUGUCCAUGGCCCCUGUCAUCGAUGAGCUGGACGACCAGCUCAAUGCGGAGGGACAUAAAGUAACCAUCGAGCGGUUUUUGCCGUUUUUUUUUUUUGGCAACUCGCUUAUAAACUGCAUGUUUAUUGUUGACGACAACUGCUCAGUCAACAAGUGA